GGCGUGGCUCUGCCCUGUGGGGAUGUGGGGGAUGCGCGGAGUUUUGGGGUGUCUGGGGGCUCUGCCCUGCAGGAAAAGCGGUGUCGGAGAUUUAGGUGGAUUUUUGGGAUUUCAGAGGUUUGAGGUGGUUUUUGGGGUGUUAGAGGUUUAAGGUGUUAUUUUGGGGUGUUUGUGGGCACGGUGUAGGAGGGGCACAGCAGAGCUUUGUUUUCGGGGGGAUUUGGGGUGUUUUAGGCUCUGCCCUGAAGGAGCAGAAGCAAAAUUUGGGGGGGAUUUGGGGUUUUUUGGGGCUGUGCUCUUUGAAAGGAUCUCAGCCCUGGGGGCCACAAUGAGGCUCAAGGUUUUUGAGGGGAUUUGGGGUGUUUGGGGCUAUGCCCUGAAUGAGCAGGGACAAAAUUUUGGGUUCUUUAUUUGAGAAUAUUUGGGGUCUUUAGGGCAGCAGCCCCAGGGACGCACACAGAGGUUUGGAGGCUUUAUUUGAGGGGUGUUUGGGGAGCCAGCCCUGGGCACAGGAACAGAGAUUUGGGGUAUUUAAGGAGGAUUUAGGGUGUCUGGGGGCACAGCCCCAGGGCCACACAGAGAUUUGGGAUAUUUCAGGGGAUUUGGGGGCACAUACAGCAGGAUUCAGGGUGUUUAUUUGGUAUUUUGGGGGGCACAGCCCCAGAGGUGUUUGAGGAUGAUUUAGGCUGUUUGUGGUCACACACACGCAGAGGUUCGGGGCGAUUCAGGGGAUUUUUGGGGAGGCUCGAGGGGUUUCUCGGGGGUUUCGGGGCUCACCGCGGCGCUGUCCGGCGCAGGCGGGUCGCGAUGGUGAAGCUGUUCAUCGGGAACCUGCCGCGGGAGGCGACGGAGCAGGAGAUCCGCUCCCUGUUCGAGCAGGAGCAGUACGGGAAGGUGCUGGAGUGCGACAUCAUCAAGAACUACGGCUUCGUGCACAUCGAGGACAAGACGGCGGCCGAGGACGCCAUCCGCAACCUGCACCACCACAAGCUGCACGGCGUCUGCAUCAACGUGGAGGCCAGCAAGAACAAGAGCAAGGCCUCCACCAAGCUGCACGUGGGCAACAUCAACCCCGCAUGCACCAACCUGGAGCUGCGCGCCAAGUUCGAGGAGUACGGCCCCGUCAUCGAGUGCGACAUCGUCAAGGACUACGCCUUCGUGCACAUGGAGCGGGCCGAGGACGCCGUGGAGGCCAUCCGGGGGCUGGACAACACCGAGUUCCAAGGUGAGGCGUGGGCUCAGGGGGCACCAGGUUGGGAGGGGGCACGGGGAGCUUCUGAUCCAGGAGAAUUUUGGCCGAUUUUGGUGUUACUGGCCCCACUCUCCGGUUGGUGCUGCAUUCGGGGCCUCUUCUCAUCCCAGAGUGCCAGAAUUUUGCUCUGGGCUGUCCCCAUGCCCUCAUCCAGUGUCAGGGCUGGGGGCACCGUGGCAGCUCCAUGUGGGGGCAGAGCGGCUCCUCAGCACGGGUUUAUAGGAAUUCCAGAGGAUUUGUCCCAACCUGGUUGGUUCAGGGCGAGUUCCCUCCCCUGGGGACGCCUCACGGGACCGGUGCUGUCCCUGUGCUGCUGGAAUUUGGGGACAAACAGGGCUGGGAGCGAGCGCCGUGUCCCAUUGGCUCCCAAUGUCCGCAAAUCCUGCCUGGAACCAUGAGGACCCCCUUAUCUAUGGGGGGCUGGUGCCCACCCCAGUGGCUCCUGUCACCCCUCACCCUCAGCGGUGCCAGGGGUGGCUUUCAGGGGUCCCACAGUGACAUGGGUGGCUUUCAGAGGUCCUCUGGGCUGCUGCCACCUCUUGGGGGUCCCAUGGUGCUAGUGGGGGCUCUCAGGGUCCCUGCACUGCGCUGCUGGUGCCAUUUCUGGGGGGUCCCAUGGACCACCAGCUCUUACCCAGGUUUGCCACCACAUUCUCAGAUGUCCUGAUCUUUGGCAUAAUUUAAUCUUGGUGCAAUAAUUAAAUAACUAAAUAAAAUAACAGAUUGAGUUUGUGCCUCUGACAGGGACCCCAAACAAAGGAGGCCCUGGGUUUUGUCUCCUCAGUGUGUGCACAGGAAGGUCUGGGGUUGUCACCAGCUGUGUCCCCGAGUGUCCCUCACCCAGCCGGGUCCCCAGGCCCUUUGCUGUGUCUCUUCCCAGGGAACAGCCCACGGGACCAGAGGUGACUCUUGCUGCUCUCACGGUGCCGGGGAUGGCUCUGGGGGUCCCCAAGGGGUGGUACCGGUGCCAGGGACAGUUCUGGUGCCGUGGUGGCACCGGCUCUAGGGAACCCCACGGUGCUGGGGUGAUUCUGGGGACCCCCAGUGGUGCCAGGGUGACACCGGGGGCUCCCACCACAGGCUGUCAGUGUCAGGGACGGUCCUUGGGGACCCCGCAGUGCGGUGCCAGCCCUGUGUGACCCCACAGUGUCACAGCAGGCGGUGGCUCUGGGGGUCUCUGUGGCCUGGUGCCGGUGUUGAGGGAAGUUCUGGGGGACCCCAUGAGCCCUGUGGCAGUGCCAGCUCAAAUGUGGGGAUCCCAUGAUGUGACAUCGGGGUGGCCCCGGGGGAUCCCACAGCCUGGUGUGACAUCGGGGUGGCCCUGAUGGAUCCCACAGCCUGGUGUGACAUCGGGGUGGCCCCGGGGGAUCCCACAGCCUGGUGUGACAUCGGGGUGGCCCCGGGGGAUCCCACAGCCCGA